AGCCUAAGUGCUUGUAUUCUGUGAGGAUCAAAACCAACGAACUAUUGUGGCGGUCACCUUAUUUGAGCACCGAAAGCAGAGAAACACAAGGAAGGAGGAGAAAGAAGAGCUUAAAGCCCUUGAGUGGAUCCAUUCCCCCCUACUCCCCCUCCUCGCACUCCCGCACAGGAUCAGGACAGAAUUGAUUCGGCCUCUUUUCUGCCGUGAUAGCUGACGACGUACGCUAAAGCGUUCGUUUCUGCCUCUUCGCUGAUAUCUCCUCUCCAUUUUCCUUCGUUGUUUGGACAGCAUCGCUCUCCCCUCCCCCGCUUGAGGUCGACACGAACCUCCUAGUGCGUUUCUCUACUAUCUUCAAGGAGUCACGAUGAGCGCUCGACCAAGCCGAAGAACCUCCAACGCCAAGGCGACCCCCGCCUUUGCGGCUUUUGCACCCAGCUCGAAGCGCGCCAAGCUGGAGGCCUCGCAGCGCAACCCCGCUCACAUCUCUAAGGACAUCGCCGAUGCCUGCGGCUCCGUCAACCCCCUGUCCGGCCAGCUCUACGGCGACGGCUUCAGCAGCGGCGCACAGGUCGGUGCUCCCAACCGGCUCACGAACUAUCAAGCCUCCACCGCGGGCCUCGUACCACACCCGCCCACCUCCCAAUCUGCGGGCGGGGCCACCACUGACCCCACCACGGCAUCAGCAGCCACGCCUGCGGUUGGCAACGUGUCCCGCGGGCGCGGAGGGACCCACAUGGUGAACUCCCUGCAGGUGUUCGAGGCGCCAAAGAAGUCCGAUGCGGAGCUGAGGAGCAUCUUCGCUGCCACGACAAAGUCCAAGUCUGUCUCCUCACGCAGGCCGCCGGCGAAGACCGCCGCAGCCGCCACGGCACCGAGCAAACUUGUCCCGCCGGCGAGUCAGUCCCGCUCGGCCGCGGUCAGCGACAGCGCAUUGCCCACCGCAGCCGCCACGGCACCGAAGGACUUCAGCGCGACCACCGCGGCGGAGGCCGCCCAACGUGCCUUGGCGACGAUUCCGCGCUUCCACAAGACGACGUCGAACGCGCCGAACGAGUUUGUGUAUUUGGUCAUGCGCCCACGUGGGAUGCGCGACCCGCUGAACCCGUACGAUCUACAGCCGGUGCCGCGGACCGAAUUGCGAGGCAAAAGCUACUUCACCGUCUCUGCGGCUGGCGUGACGCACUUUAAUGACUCGGGGGCCGAGUUUAUUGAGCUGCCCAAGUGGGAGCGUGAAUGCCGCAUCUUCCACACUAUACGCGAGCUACCCGUCUUCCACGACUACCAGCAGUGGCGCAACUUCGUCCUAUGGCGCAAUCUCGUCCGCCACAGUGCGACCGGCAGCAGCCGGCAGUUUUUGUCGUCGCACCUCUUUGCGGCCCACCCCCACCUGUCCGGGGCGCUGCUCGCGGUGCGCAAGGAGUGCCUCGACACCGCUGCCGCGGAGGACCUGUACGAAUCGUGCACCGAGACGCGCACGUUGGAGGCGUACACAGAUGCGCUGCACGCCCACCUGCAGGAGAAGAAGCGGCGCCUGGAGCAGAUGAUGAAGCGCAUCCGCGACCACGUUGAGCAAGCGUGCAAGACGGCGAUGUUCACCUGGCAGGUGGACCGCGAGCGCCAGAAGAUGCUCUACGAGGAUGAGGAGCAGCAAAAGAAGAAGGCCUUCGACAUACGCGAAUUGGGCACGCAGGAGCAGCCAUCCUACAUCGAGCUCACGCAGCGCAAGGCCAUGUGCCGCCGCCUGGCUGCCUUCAUCAAGCUGUGCGACUACCUCGUCGUGGAGUGCCUGACAGGGCUGGCUGGGAAGGCGGUGACACACCUGCGGCACGACUUGGGGGUGUCCGGCACGGCUUCAACCGGCGCGGCGGCCGCCAUGACGUCCGGCGCAGGGGAGCGCUCCCGCAAGGCCGCCGCCGCCAGCGCAAACGCAGCCGCCGGUGCCGCCAACCUCGACUUUACGGGGCCGUUGUGGAACGUGGAGGUAGUGUACAACUCCGAUUUGCAGGCGAUCGAGCUGGUGCCGUCCGAAGCGCAAAUCCGCGAGUCGAUCGAGGACAUCGUCGGCGACUACGUGCGCGCCGUCGGCGCCAUUCCCCGCCUCACCUCCCUUGGCACCUUUAAGGUCUACACUUCCAACGCGCAGGACGAGCUGGGCAACGACACCAUCGGCGCCGGCCCCGACGUGGCGGAGAUGGUGAUGGUGGAGGAGCGCUACAAGAACGACGUUGCAGCCAUCCAGUCCACACUCAGUGAGUCGUUCACCAAGAUGCGCAACCACGCCAACACCUUCGAGAGGUUUAAAGAAAUGUAUAUUACAAACAGUCACCUCAAGAGGGAGGCGCUGCUGAAGCGCGACGACACAUUGCAGUUCUUCCGCGACCAGCUCGCGACGUACAAGGUGCAGAUGGAGGCCAUUUCAACCAAAAUUCCGAGCUGCGCGGAUGUGGGGAUGAUGCGCAUGUGGACAGAAGGGCUGCGCGAGUUCUUCACGCCGAGUCCGGUGACCUGCUUGGGCAUCUACCACCAGGUUCUCCCCAUCAUCGCCAAGCGCCGCAACGAGACGCUCUUAAAGGAGUUGCAAGAACGCACGACCUACUUGGCGGCGACGCCGAAGACCAUCGAGCACUACGUCGAGUACGUGGACUACUGCAACAAGCUGGAGAGCUCCUUCGACGACAUCGUCAACUCGUACGACCUCGUCCGCGACUUGUUUUCCUUGAUGCAAAACGAGAAGAUUGAAGUGAACGAAGAGGAAGAGGAGACCUACCGCAGCGGCACUCGCCCGCAGUUUGACAAGCUGCGUACGCUGCUGCAGACCACCGAGGACAGCAAGGAGGCGCAGCAACGCUUCUUCAGUCGCAGCAUUGAGGAGGAAAUGGACCAGCUGCGCCGCCGCAUCGAGUCCGUCUAUGACCGUGCUGGGCAGCCGAUCGUCAUGUCCGGCGACGCCGAAGUGGAAGAGGCGAAUGCGUACAUGACAAGUCUCCUCGCGGAGGCAGAGGGCAUCGCAGCGCGGGAGAAGAAGCUGCGCGAGUUCCAGAUCGAGAUCGGCGCCGAGGAGACGAUCGUGGAGGUGAUGAACGAGAUGCUGAAUGAUGUGACCAUCAAGGCACGCUUGUGGACCGGCAUUGGCGACUGGAAGACGUUCACCGAGGAGACGCGUGUCCUCCCGUUUGACCAGCUGGACGUGCCGGCGGUGCAGGAGGUGGUGCAGAAGUUUGCGACGCUGGUGAAGCAGGUGUCGUCGAAGCUGUCCAACAACCGCGCCGUCCCGCGGCUGCGCAGCAGCGUGGAGGAGUGGCGGCAGCUCCUGCCGGUCCUGCAGGCCCUCACGAACCCCUCGCUCAAGUCGGAGCACCACGCGAAGAUAUCCGCCGUGGUGGGCCCCAUCGCCGAUGCAAACGGCACGGCGAAGACACUCGCGGAGUGGUCGAAUCAGUUUACGAUUGAAAUGCUGUUGGAGCACCGCAUUCUGAAAUACCGCGAUGAGAUUGCCGCGGUGAGCUCUGCGGCCACCGAGGAGGACAAGCUGCAGAAGCAGAUCGACAAGGUGAACGCGAUAUGGAACGGCGGUGGCCCGAAGCCGCCGGUGGAGUUUCAGUUCCACGCGCACAAGGAUAGCAAAGAUGUCUUCACCUUGGUGGGGAGCUGCGUCGAGGACGUCACGACGAUGCUGGACGACUCGGCGGUGGCCAUCUCGACCAUCGGCAGCAGCAAACAUUGCCAGGGCGUCUUGCGCUCGCAGGUGGAUCGGUGGGAGAACCGGUUCAAGUACAUGCUGGAGACGCUGGACAAGUGGGUGGAGCUGCAGCGCAGCUGGAUCUACCUCGAGAACAUCUUCUCCUCGUCAGAGAUCCGCAGCCAGUGGAAAGACGACGCGCAACGCUUUGAGAAGGUGGACCGCUUCUACAAGGAUCUCAUGCACAAGGCACACGACCUCCCCACUGCCUACCGCAGCCUUCUCAUCAACCCGCCUUCGUUUGACACCGCAGAGUCAACGGCUGCAGCGGGGCGUACGCUGAAGCAAGACCUCGACACGUACAUUAAAGAGCUGGAAAAGGUGCUGCUGAGUUUGGAGAAGAAACUCGAGGAAAAGCGUCGUGCCUUUCCUCGCUUCUACUUUCUCAGCAACGACGACUUGCUGGACCUGCUCGCGAAGGUCAAGACACCCGAGCUGAUGAUGCCGCACAUGCUGAAGAUGUUCGACGGCAUCAAGUCGCUCUCACUGGGCUCGCAGAACGACAUUACGCACCUCAACUCGAUUGAAGGGGAGACGGUGGAGUUGUGCAACAAGGGCAUCAAGGCGCGUGGCGCGGUGGAAACGUGGAUGGACCUGCUGGAGCGGGAGAUGUUCGCGACACUGCGCUUCCGCGCGCAGCGGUGCCUGGAGGACUACGAGGCCCGCGACGACCGAACGGAGUGGAUGUUCCAGCACCCUGUGCAGCUCGUGCUGAUUGUGGAGCAGUUGCUGUGGACCCGCAGCGUGGAGGAGGCGCUCGACAAGCAAGACUCGCCACAGCUGAUGCAGAGCCUUCGCGGGGAGCAGCGGUCGAAUCUGGAGGUGCUGGCGGAGUUGACGGCGCGCAGCCUGUCGCGGGUGCAGCGCGUCCUUCUCUCUACCCUCAUCACGAUCGACGUGCACGGCCGCGACUUGGUGGAGGACAUGUGCGAGAGCGGCGUGACGGAGUCGAAGGAGUUUGGCUGGACGAAGCAGCUUCGCGUGUACUGGGAGAAGAACACCGACAGCAACGGCACUCUCUUUAUUCGGCAGAACAACUCACGCUUUGUGUACGGGUACGAAUACCUUGGCGCGCAGGGCCGCCUCGUGAUUACGCCGCUGACGGACCGCAUUUACAUGACGGUUACGGGAGCGUUGAAGCUGCACCUCGGCGCCUCGCCUGCAGGGCCCGCCGGAACCGGCAAAACGGAAACCGUCAAGGACCUCGCCAAGAACCUGGCUCGGCAGUGCAUCGUGUACAACUGUUCCGACGGCAUCACCUACAAGAUGAUGGAGAAGUUCUUCUCGGGCCUCAUUCAGACCGGCGCGUGGGCCUGUCUCGACGAGUUCAAUCGCAUCAACAUCGAGGUACUGUCCGUGAUUGCGUCGCAGCUGCUGGAGAUCAAGUUAGCCCUGCAGAACGCACAGGAGACGUUCACCUUCCAGGGCACCCCCGACGUGCGAGUGCGGCCAACCUACGGUGCCUUCGUCACCAUGAACCCCGGCUAUGCCGGACGCACAGAGCUGCCCGACAACUUGAAAAUUCUGUUCCGCCCGGUGGCGUGCAUGACGCCGGACUUCCGCAUGAUUGCCGAGGUGAUUCUCUUCUCGGAAGGUUUCAAGAACGCCCAUGACCUGUCGCUCAAGAUCACGCAGCUGUACAAGCUCAGCUCCGAACAGCUGUCACCGCAGGACCACUACGACUUUGGUAUGCGCGCCUUGAAAUCUAUUCUUGUAAUGGCCGGCGACCUGAAGCGCUCGCAGCCGGAUGUGGAGGAGGAUCUUACACUCAUUGUGGCCUGCAAUGACUCAAACGUGCCGAAGUUUGUGGCGGAGGACAUCCCACUCUUUCAGGGCAUCAUGCAGGAUCUGUUCCCCGGCGUGUCGUUUCCAGAGCGCGAGUACGAGGAGCUGCUGCCGGCGAUGCAGCACAUCAUGGACGAGAAGAAGCUGGUGGACGCAGGGCAGUGGGUGAAGAAGGGCAUUCAGUUCUACGAGACCCUAAUUGUACGGCACGGUGUGAUGCUGGUGGGCGUGACGGGGACCGGCAAGACAGAGGCGCGUCGCUGCAUCGCUGGAGCGCUCACGAACAUGUCCGCCGCCAAGAGCGCGAACAAGAUGGCGCGGCCGGUAGAGGAGUACGUCAUUAACCCCAAAUCCAUCCUCCUGCACGAGCUCUACGGCCAGCUGGACGUGAACACGAAUGAAUGGAAGGACGGCGUGCUCGCGGCCAUCGCAAAGGAGUGCGUGCGUGCCUCGGAGACGUCCUCGAACCACCGCUGGAUGGUCUUUGACGGUCCGGUGGACACGCUCUGGAUUGAGUCGCUGAACUCUGUGCUGGACGACAGCAAGCUGCUCUGCCUCGACAGCGGGGAGCGAAUUAAGCUUCCCGAGACGAUGCACAUGCUCUUCGAGGUGGGCGACUUGGCUGUUGCCUCGCCGGCCACGGUGUCGCGGUGUGGUAUGGUGUACGUCGACGCUGAAGACCUGCCCUGGCGCGCGGUGGCAGAGCAGUGGGUGGAGACGAAGCUUGCACAGGCCGGCGCGCAGCCGCAGUGCCGCGCCUACGUGCUCUCUCUGUUCGACGCGCACGUGGAGAAGGGUCUGGAGUGGCUGCGGCAGCAGCGCUCCGCCAUGCUCAUAAGUGCCGGUGACAUAAACGUGGUGCAGUCCCUCUGCGACCUCUUCUCUGCUCUCAUGCAGGUGAACAAGGUGAAGCUCAUGGCAGACCCCCAGGCCGUCGAGGACUCCUUUCUGCCACCCGACGACCCGAUGUUUCGCGAGCGCAACGAGAUCUGCAACGCGCUCUUCGCCUUCUCGUACGUGUGGUCCAUCGGCGGCAACGUCGAUCAGGCUGCCAUGGAGAGUUUCGACACGAUGGCCCGCACGGAGCUGGAGGGCGCCGUCCGCUUCCCCAACUACGGCAGCGUGUACGACUACACCGUCAACUUCACGACUCGUCUGCUCGUGCCGUGGGAGUCGCUGAUGCCGGACUUUACCUACAACCCCGCCACGCCCUUCUUCAACGUUCUCGUGCCGACCAUCGACACAGUGCGGUACAGCAGUAUCGCGCAGACUCUCCUCGCCGCCAAGAAGCCGGUUCUCUUUAACGGUCAGACAGGCGUCGGCAAAACGUUCAUCAUGGCAGACUGCCUGCGCCGCAACAAGGAGGCGCUGCAGCUCUCAUUGGUGACCUUCCAAUUCAGCGCACAGACGUCGUCCGAGCGAACGCAGGAGCUGAUUGAAGCGAAGCUGAAGCCGAAACGAAAGAAUCUGCUGGGCGCCGCACCGGGCAAGUCCGUUGUGCUCUUCAUCGAUGACUUGAACAUGCCGGCCGUCGAGGUCUUUGGCGCGUCGCCGCCGAUCGAGCUGAUACGACAGCUGAUGGGCCACGGCGGCUUCUACGAUCGCAAGGUGGCGGGCAUGUGGAAGACAGUGCAGGACGUCACCGUUGUGUCCGCCUGCGGACCACCGGAGGGCGGCCGCAACCCCAUCACGCCGCGCCUCACCCGCCUCUUCCACCUGCUGCAAAUCGCGACGCUGACGGACGACUCGAUGAAGCGCAUCUUCCGGUCCAUCCUGAGCGGCUUCCUGGAGGCAAAGAACUUUCCGCACGAGAUGAAGGACCUCGCACCCGCCGUUGUGAGAGGCAGCGUGGACAUCUUCAACCGGAUCUGCGACGAGCUGCGACCGCGACCGACGACGCCGCACUACACGUUCAACCUCCGCGACCUCUCCAAGGUGUUCCAGGGCAUCACGCAAGUAAUUCCACGUGUGUGCCGCGACGCGCCGACCUUUGUGCGGCUGUGGGUCCACGAGCUAAUGCGCUGCUUCUACGACCGUCUUGCCAAUCCAGCAGAUCGGCAGUUCUUCGUCGACGAAGUGCUGACGGACGCGGUGCUGCACGUGCUACCCAGCGCAGCGAGCCCCGCCGCUGCCUCGUCACCUGUUUUGUGGGCCGACUUCACGCGCUUCGGCUCGGCAGAAAAGGUGUACGAGGAGGUGCCAGCGUUCAACCGCAUUGCGCAGGUGCUCGAGGAGUACCAGGACGACUACAACGCCACCGCCGCCACGGCCUGGACGAACGACAGCGCGGGGGUGCAGACCUCGCAACUUGGUCUCGUGUUCUUCAAGGAUCACUGCGAACACAUUGCGCGCAUCAUUCGCAUCCUUCGCCAGCCGCGCGGCAACGUGCUGCUCGUCGGCGUCGGCGGCUCGGGCAAGCGCUCCCUGACCCGGCUGGCGACCUACAUCUCGGGCUGCCGCAUCUUUGAGACGGCGGUGGGCAAGGGCUACAGCAUGAAUGAUUUCCACGAGUUUCUGCUGGAGGUGUACACGUACGCGGGCGUGAAGAACGAAACGUGCGUGUUGCUGCUGUCGGACAACCAAAUCGUUGAUGAGGCGAUGCUGGAGGACGUGAACAACAUUCUCAACUCCGGCGAGGUGCCGUCUCUUUUCAAUGCCGAGGAGCGUGAGAAGCGGAUUAGCGCGUGCGCUGAUGCCGCCCAGCAGCAGGGCAUCACGAGCCGCGAGGAGGUCUACAACUUCUUCAUUGGACGCGUGCGGGACAACAUGCACAUCGCCUUGUGCAUGAGCCCGGUGGGCGAUCAGUUCCGCACCCGCUGCCGACAGUUCCCCUCCCUCACCAACUGCUGCUCCAUCGACUGGUUUGAUGAGUGGCCGCGCGAGGCACUGGAGGGGGUGGCGGCGCGCAUGCUGGAGGACCUCGUCGACGUCGUGCCCGCCGACUUCCACGCACUGCUGCCACAUCUGUGCGUGGACGUGCACGCCUCGACGACGCACAUGGCGCAGCAGUACUACGACGAGCUCCGCCGGCGGUACUACAUUACGCCGACGUCCUACUUGGAGUUCAUCGAGUCCUACAAGGCGUUGCUGCUGUCGCAGCGCAGUCGCGUGGAGGCGCAGCUGGCGCAGGUGGAGAACGGUACCGAGAAAAUGCGCGAGACGGAGGAAAUGAUCACAAAGAUGAAGGCCGAGAUCGAAGUGAAGCGCCCGCUGCUGGAGAAAGCGUCGACGGAGACACAGGAGGUGGUGGUGGACCUGAAGGUGCGCCAGACAAAGGCGGCCGAGGUGCAAGUGCAAGUGCGGGCUCAGCAGGAGAGUGCGACAAUACAGCAGCGUGACGCGUCGCAGAUCGCGGCCGAGGCGAACGCGCGGCUGGCCGAGGCGAAGCCGAUCAUUGACAAGGCGAAGGCCGCGCUCGACACUAUUCAAGCAAGCGACCUGAAUGAGCUCCGCUCCUUUGCAAACCCGCCCACAGCGGUGCUGACAACCACGCAGGCAUGUAUGACGAUGUUUGAUGCGAAGGACUUCAACGGGGCGUGGUCGGGCAACAUGGACUGGAAGGGCGCGCGAGAGUUCCUGUCCUACCGCCCGCUGCUCGACAUGAUUCGUGGCUACCCGACCGAAAAUGUGAAGCCGGCGAUCCUGCAGAAGGUGCAGAAAUUUGUCAACGACCCCGAGUUUACGGUGGAGGUGUGUUCGCUGAAGGGUAGCCAGACCUGCGGCUCACUCUGUGCGUGGGUGCACGCCGUGAACGAGUACUCGAAGGUGGUGAAGGAGGUCGCACCGAUGCGGCAGGCGGCCGCGGAAGCCGAGCAACACCUCGCAAAGACGAACGCCAAGCUUCACGCGGCGCAGCAACAGCUGAAGGAGGUGGAGAAGGAGCUGACAGACCUAGAGCAGCGCUACCAGAUCAGCGUCACCAAGAAAAACGACCUAGAGAAGGGACUGCAGCUGUGCAUCAACCGGCUGCGCAACGCCGAGACGCUCACGGGGUCGCUGAAGAGCGAGGGGGCGCGCUGGGCGGAGAAUGUCAAGCUGCUGAGCGCGCAGCUGAGUGCGCUGCCGCUGCAGGUGUUUAUGGCCAGCGCGUGCGUUGCCUACUUUGGCGCCUUUACCCCGGCCUUCCGGCAGCGCCUCAUCGCGGAGUGGAAGGCGGAGCUGACGAGCCGCGGGCUGGAGGUGGGCGGCUUUUCACUGACGUCAGUGCUGGGGGACCCGGUGGACACGCUGAACUGGCAGGUGAACGGGUUACCGAGCGACGAGACGUCGACGGAAAAUGCGAUUGUCGCGUUGCUCUCGUGCGCGCCGCGCCGCUGGCCGCUCUUCAUCGACCCGCAGGAGCAGGCGAUGAAGUGGCUGCUGCGGCAGUUUCAGCAGACACAGCCGGUCAGCGGAUCGGGCGCCGCGGCAUCGAAGAACCGCAACCUGCUGAAGGUGAUCAAGCUGACGGAUGCGACGUGGAUGCGCACGCUCGAGUCGCAGAUCCGCCUGGGCGGUGUGGUGAUCAUCGACGACGUCGGCGAGUCGCUUGACCCGGCCCUGGAGCCGCUCAUCGCGCGCCGCCUCAUCUCCUCGGAUGCGGGCGGUUUGCAGAUCCAGCUGACGCCCCAGUCCGGCCCGAUCGACUACCACCCGAACUUCCGCCUGUUCCUGUGCAGUAAGCUGCCGAAUCCAGUGUACCUGCCGGACGUCAGCACUCGCCUAACGCUGCUGAACUUCACCGUAACGAUGGAAGGCCUGUCGGAGCAGAUGCUCGGCGAGGUGGUCUCGAUUGAGCAGCGCGCGAUGGAGGAGGAGAAGAACACGAUGAUUCAGCGCAUCGCGCAAGGCCAGCGGCGCCUCAAGACGAUUGAGGAGAACAUCUUGGAGCGUUUGCAGAGCACCAAAGGCAACAUCCUUGACGACGAGGACCUCAUCCGCGAGCUGCAGUCCGCGCAGUCCAACGCAGCCGUCAUCAGCCGCAGCCAGGAGGAGGCGAACGAGAAAAUGGCGAUCAUUUCCGUCGCUCGUGACAAGUACCGCAGCGUGGCCGUGCGAGCUGCGCUGCUGUUUUUUGUGCUGGCGGACGUCGGCCGCAUGGACCCGAUGUAUCAGUACUCGCUGCAGUACUUCGUGAAGCUGGUGCAGCACGAAAUCGAGGGCACAGUCAAACCGGCAGAUUACACGGAGUCCAACGCGGAGAUGCUCUCCCAUCACCUGAGCGCCGCCAUCGCCAACCUCACCGGCGCGACCUACACGCAGAUUUGCAGCGGGUUGUUCAACAAGGAUAAGACGAUUCUGUCGCUGCUGAUCGCCACCGCCAUCGCGCGGCAUGACAAGGUGAUUGCAGAGGAGGAGUGGCAGUACUUUGUGCGCGCCUCGGCUUUUGUUGCCGCGGAGCUGCCCGAGAAGCCGGCGCAGCUGUCGUGGAUGACGCGUGUGCAGUGGGAGCUGGCCGAGGCGCUCAACCGCACCGUGCCCGCCUUCCACGAAUUGCUGGAGAGCCUGCAAAGCCAGUUCGAUGAGUGGAAGGCGUUUGCCCACUCGGACGUCCCUCACGCGGCGACUCUACCGGCGACGUGGCAGGCGGAUCUGAACCUCUUCCAGCGGGUCUUGCUCAUCCGAUGCUUCCGCGAAGAGAAGCUCUUCUUUGCCUUAUACGACUACGUGCAGCAAACGAUGGGGCCCCAGUUUAUUGAGGCGCCGCCCAUGGACUUGGCUCGCACACUGAAGGACAGCACGCCGCACACGCCGAUCAUCUUCAUUCUCUCGCAGGGCGCCGAUCCGAUGGAGGCGCUGCAAACGCUGGCGAGGACGGAGGACAAGGAGCUGCAGUACGUGAGCCUGGGCCAGGGCCAGAGCGAAAAUGCGAGGCGCCUCAUCGCCUCCUGUCGCACCUCCGGCGCGUGGGCUCUCCUGCAGAACUGCCACCUCUCUCAGACCUUCAUGCCGGAGCUGUCAACGAUUGUGGCCAGCCUGCAGCCCGGUGCGACGAACGCGGUAGAGAUGCACCCCAACUUUCGUCUGUGGCUCACGUCGAUGCCGACCGACUUCUUCCCUGUGUUUGUCCUGCAGUCGAGCAUCAAACUUACCAACGAGCCGCCUACGGGCCUGCGGGCGAACAUGCUGCGCUGCUUCAACGAGCUGACACCGCAGGAGUACGACGCCUUCAGCGAUGCGGACACCAUCGGUGACGAGAUGAAGGGGCGCGCCUUCAAGAAGCUGCUGUACGGGUUGUGCUUCUUUCACUCGGUCGUGCUGGAGCGGCGCAAGUUCGGCCCACUCGGCUGGAACGUUCGGUACGAGUGGAGCGACACCGACUUCCACGUGUCGAAGCAGUGGCUGCGACUUUUCUUUGAGGAGCAAGAGGCGAUCCCGUGGGAGUCGCUGGAGUACAUCAUUGGCCAAAUCAACUACGGCGGCCGUGUGACGGACCCGCAGGACCGUGGCAUUCUCCUCACAAUCCUGUGCAACUAUCUGAGCCCGCGCAUCCUGAAGGAGGGCCAUCGCUUCUGCGAGGAAGGCGUCUACGCCGUUCCGAUGAGCGGGACGCUGGCGGAGGCGCAGCAGCACAUCCAGGCCAUGUCCCUCGUCGACGAGCCCGCCGUGUUCGGCAUGCACGAAAACGCGAAUCUGCGCUACCAGCUGCAGACCAGCGAGUACUUGCUAAACAAGAUCGUGUCGAUCCAGCCGCGCCUGGUCGGCUCUGCGGGCGGCUCCGGCGCGACCCCCGAGGAGGAGGUGUGCCGUAAGUGUCAGGAGUUCGAGACCACGCUGCCACCCCUCUUCACAAAGGAGGAGGCCGGCCCUCACACCUUCACUACGCUGCCCAACGGACUGCCGAACUCGCUGUCGACGGUGCUGUCGCACGAAAUCGGGAAGUACAACAAGCUGCUGUCGAAGAUCAGCCAGACGCUGUCGGACAUGCAGAAGGCACUCCAGGGUCUGACGGUGCUCUCGGCGGACCUGGACGCCAUGUACAGUUCGUUCCUUGCCGAUCAGGUGCCACAGUUGUGGACGGCGGUGUCCUACGCCUCACUGAAGCCUCUCGGCGCCUGGUACCGCGACCUGCUCGCGCGUGUACACUUCAUUCGCACGUGGGUGCAAAAGGGCGAGCCGGCGGCUUUCUGGAUCGGCGGUUUCUUUAACCCGAGCGCCUUCAUGACGGGCGUCUACCAAGCCUACGCGCGGGCGGAGAGCGUGUCGGUGGACAAGUUAGGCUUUCAGUACGCCGUGCUGGACACGGCAGCGGCGCACGCGAUCAAGGCGGCGCCGGAGCGUGGGUGCUACGUGUACGGCAUUCAAACGGACGCGUGGCGGUGGGACUCUGAAAGGCGAGUAAUGGCCGAUUCCUUGCCUGGGGAGCCCUACGCAGAGCUACCGCCCGUGCACUUCUUGCCGGAGCCGUACCACGUCAAGCCGGAGGACUACCACGCCGUGCCGCUCUACCGCACCACCGUUCGCGCCGGCGUCAUCUCGUCGCUGGGUGCCAGCUCGAACUACGUUUUGUCUAUCGAGGUACCGUCCGCGGAUGGCUCGGACUACUGGUUACUGAAAGGUGCGGCAUGCGUCUGUGCCCUCAAUCAGUAG